AUGCCACGUCAACAUGAUUUACUCCUCUGCCUUUUGGCGCCCUUCACCUGUGCAUUCACGCAGGCUCUCUUCUUGGCCUCGGAAUAUUCUGCUCUUAACUCUUCUGUCGGUGGUCGCCUCUUUAGGGGCACGCCUUUGGUACUGCCGUGCGUCCCGUCCAACGUCACACAUACAGGAAAUUGUUCUCAGGUUCAAACUGAGUACCUUGACGAAGGGUUUCGUACCAACACCCCCGGUGCCUACGUAGUUCCGCAAUGGGAAACAUGUCAAACGACGGGAGCACAGUGCCUCCUCGACUACACCAAUACUCUCGAUCUUACACCCGUUAUACCACCAAGGGAAUGUUUGUUGGGCAGUAUUCCGCCUUACUUCAUCGAUGUGCAAUCUGAAGACGAUGUUCGCGCAGCGUUUGACUUCUCUAAACGUCUCCAGGUACCGCUAGUGAUCAAGAAUACCGGACACGAUUACAAAGGCCGUAGCAGUGCCCCUCGUUCUCUAGCGCUUUGGACGCACAAUCUAAGAAAUAUUUCAUAUGAACCAGACUUCGUUCCCGAAGGGUGCUCAACACCUAGUGCGGGUGUUACUCUCGGGGCCGGGGUGCAGUGGCAAGACGCUUACUCUUUCGCCGAAAGCCAAAACAUCACUUUGGUGGGAGGCAGUGACAAAACUGUAGGCGCUGUUGGUGGUUGGCUUCAGGGAGGUGGUCAUGGCAUGUUGUCAAACACAAUGGGUUUGGGCGUGGACCGGGCGUUGCAAUUCAAGGUGGUGACUCCCGACGGCCAGUAUAGGGUAGCUAAUGCCUGUCAGAAUCAGGAUUUAUUCUUUGCGCUGCGAGGAGGAGGAGGAGGUACAUUUGGCGUUGUACUGGAGAGUACAGUGCUAGCAUCUCCUCGAGUUACUCUUCAAGUUGUGAUGGUCACGUUUGACUCCACCACUGACACGACUAUAACGCGCGAGUUAUGGAACACAAUGACAGCGAACGCCCUGCAGUGGGCAGAAGAUGGCUGGGGUGGAAUCGCUACUACAAAUGUCGCCAUAUACAUCAACCCGAUACUAGGCCCUGCUGAAGCAGCGAAGUCCAUGAACCCCUUAAUCGAAUUUGGGCAGAAGCUGCAAUCGGAUCAAGUUGCAGGGGCUCAACUUAUAUCAACCAGUUUUGAAAGCUGGGGAACUUUCUUUAAUUGGUUCGCGGCAGAGAACGUUGCGAUUACUGGUGUCAGCCUUGCUCUCGUCUCCCGCCUCAUCCCCAAAGCCAAUUUUGCCACAGCUGAAUCUCAAGCUGAAUUGGUCGAAGGGCUCCUAAACACUACUGUUAUCACUCCACGGAUUAUCAUUCUCGUGACUGCUCCAUCUUCGUAUCCUGGUGACAAUACCACAAGCGUCACUGAGGCGUGGAGAUCCAGCCUUUACCAUGUUACCGCUGUGUCAUCGUGGAAUUGGAACGCAACAAAAGAAGAUAAGAAGACAGCGUAUACUCAAGCUAGCGCAUCCAUAGAUAAUCUUCGACGUAUUACACCGGACGCUGCAUAUCAAAACGAAGCUGAUGUUUAUGAACCAAACCACGAAAUCUCAUUUUGGGGGUCAAACUAUCAACAAUUACUGGAGAUCAAGAACAAGUAUGAUCCUUUCCACCUUCUCGAUUGUUGGAACUGUGUGGGCUGGAAACCUUCGGCGCCUCAGUUUUCAUGUUACCUAUGA